UAACCGAUUCUUCCUGCUAUUGGCUGUCUAGUACUCCACCCAUUGCGGUAUUCCGUCAGGCCGGAGGUUCCGUCUAUCUCUCGCUCGCUUUUCGGCCCUCUCAAGCUCCUAUCAUGGAAGGAGUUUAAAAGUUAAAAGUGCAUAACUGUAUACUACACAGUAUAAAAAGCUGCAUAUCUGCCUCUCAUACACAGAUAAAUACAGAAAUUGUUAAGAGACAAUCGUUAUGGACCAGACCGGCCCAAGCCAACCCCAAAGUCAGGUGGAAAAAGAAAGUGCACCGGACAAGAUGGCUCGGGUCGGCCAAGCUACUGCCUUAAAAGAAGUUGUGAACGGAGAUGGUAACAGGCACCUACUCAGGGAAGAGGUCGACGAAGACGCAAUACCCACCGAAGUCCAAAGGCUAAAUGGGACGUCACACGAAGAAACCGAUUUCCAUUCUUCUGUCACAACUCUUCCGGAUCGACCGGACGAUGACGUGACUGUGAUAUCUAGAAACGAAGUGGAUCGACACGUUCUAGACGGAAGUCGAGAGUAUACCGUUGGUGCUGACGAAGGUGUUCCUACAUUAGACAGUUUAACAUUAGAUAAUUUAGAAUUAGAUAUGGAUUUAUCCCAAACUGUUUCCUCUACGACACAUCCGGUAGAGGUUGCCUUAGAUGCAAGUGAUACGAUUAGUGCUCAGGGAGAAGUUUGUGCUUUACAUAAAGUUGAGAUCCAAGCACAACCGUCAGAUGCUCAAAAAGAUAUUCAACUAGUAGAAAAAGAUGCCAAAGAAACAGAAACUCUAGAGCCAAAAUCCGCACCGACGGAAACAAAGUCUUUACAAAGUACGAUCGACGAUCAACAAAGCAAAAUAUCAGAAAAAGAAGAGGUUUCGUUGGUAAAAGAAACUGAUAGGAAAGAGAUGGAAAAAGAAGAAAUUUCAUCUGAUGACAGGCGGAAAAUAGACGAAUUGGAUGAUAAAGUUACUGAUGUACAUAUUCCUAAGGACGAAGAGAAGGAUUCGUUAAAAGAGACUGAACAAAUAAAAGAUGUAGUCGAACAAGAAAUUAGUGAAGAGAUUAGAGAAUACGAAUCCGCCGUAACGCCAACGAUAGAAGACGUUAAUGGACUCCAAGAAGAAACAGACGAAAUUGUUGCACCUGACCAAGUAAUUUUAAUUGAGAAAAAAGAAUUUCAAGUUGAACAAAAAGUAGAUGAAACUCAUAUCAGUGAUGUAGAAGUGAGUAAAGAAGUUUCAAAAGACGAAAUGAAAGCAGAACCUACGAGUGUGGAAGAAACAAAAGAAACAGAAGACACUCAGUUCAGUAAAGAUAAAAUCGCCGAAGAAAAAAGCGAAAGUGAUUCAUUUAAAAAGGAAACUUCUUUACAAAUUGAGAAAGAGAUUAAACAAGAAACGGAUGAGGAUAUUUCAACGACUAAAGAAGUCGAAACGGAAUCGAUUACGGCUGAAACUGAAAAAGAAUCAAUUGAAAUUGAAGAAAAAUUUGAGAAGAAAGAAGAAAUUUCUUUUGAAAAGCAAUUACAUGAUUAUCAAAAACUCGAAAGCGAUUUGGAUUCAGAAAUACAAAUUAAAACGCAGUCGAUUAAAGACGAAAAUGAGAGUGAAAUUGUGGAAGAAAAACCGUCUGCCGAAAGGAAAGAAGAAGAAAAAAUUGAAGAACAGGUUUCAAAAGAAGACUCCUUACUUGAAGGAGGAGAUGUCGAAGGGAAAAAAGAACAAGUAACAUCAGAAACUAUUGAAAAAGAAAUAUCUGUUGAUACUAAGGGAGAUGAAACGUCUUUAAUGGAAAAAGAAAAGGUUGAUCAGAAAGAAGAAACAGAUAAAGAAAAGGAAAUAGAAGGAGAAACAAUUACGAACGACAGAGAUAUAGUCAAGGAUUCUGACAAAAUGGAGGAUCAACAUGAAACUAAAAUCAAAGAACAGGAAGACCUAAUCCAGAUGAAAUCCGAAGAGGAGAAGGAAUUGAAUAAACAGGAUGAUGCUGAUGAAAUGAACAAGCAAGAAAAAGUAAUUGGAGAAGAUAUAGAAGAGGUUUCAAAGGGAGAUAUUAUUAGUGAAAUCGAAGAUAAAAGUGUAAGUUUAAUAAAAAUAGAGGAAAGCGAAAAAGAAACAAAGAAUAAAGAGGAUGAAAUAAUUCUCGAAACACUUUCGUCUGCGCUUGAUAUAAGUGAAGAAACAAAGGAAACGAUUGCAGAUUUAUCUAUUCACGACAAGGAAGAUAUAAAGACAGAAGAAAAAGAGAAAGGUGUUGAACUGAAAGAAGAAAAGGCCGUAGAAAUUGAAAAGGAAGAAACCAGUGAAGAAAAAUCUGAUAAAUCAGUAGAAAAAGUAGAAAAAAUAGAGGAACAAAUAGACGACUUAAAAGAUGAAAGUGAAGAUAAAGCUAUUUUCCAUGAAGAAGCAGCGAAAGACAAGGACGAAGUUUUAAUAGAAGAGAGUAAGGGAAUUCCUCAAGAACAGAAUGAAGUAAUAAAGGAGGAUGUAGAUGAAAAAAUAAUGAAAAAUAAGGAAGAUGAAGAAAUAUUCUCUAAACAAUUGGAUGAAAAAACUCAUGAAUUAGAUAAAACAGAAAAAGCUGAAUCAGAAGCAAAAGAUACUUCUGUUGAUCAACCCGAAAAGACAGAAGAAAAGAUUUGUGAUGAUCAUCGUGAAGAUGUUGAUGAAAUGUUGGAUAUAGAGAAGGAACAACAGAGAGAGAUCGCGAAAGAAGAAAGUAAAGAAAAAGAGAUUCCUGUGGAAGAUGAAUUAAAAGAAGGGAUUGUAGAGAAGAUGGAAGAAACAACACAUGAAAUAAGUGAAAAAGAAAUUUCUGGAAUUUCUGAAGAAAAGGAAGAAACUGAAAAAGAUAUUGUAGGAAGAGAGAGGGAAGUUGAAGGAAGGAAAACGGAAGACUUUAGCUCAGAAGUGACAGUAGAGGAAACAAGUAAAGAAGUGGAAGAAGUUUUGAAGGACGUUGUUACAGAAGAACAACCCGUAAAAAAAGAAGAUACUGUUAAAGCGGGAGAGAUAAAUGAAAGUGAAUCUAAAGAGGAUGAGAAAGAUGUAGUUUGUAAACCUGCAAAGGAAGAAUCUGAUACGGAUACGAAAAAAGAUGAUGCAUUGACACUAGAGAAAGAUAUUGCUGAAGAAGAAAUUAUAGAAGACAAAGUAAUAGAGAAAGAAGCAAAUAUCAUGGAAGAGGAUUACGAAAAGGAUUCAACAAAAGAAAAGGAAAUAGAUGAAGAAAAAUUUACGAAAACGUUGGAGGAAACCGUAGAAGAAAAAGUAAUUGAAAAAGAAGAAUUAGUGAAAGAGGAAGCAGUUGUGAAGGAAGAGAAGGAAAUAGAAGAGGAGGCAGUUGUAGAAGAAGAGAAGGAAAUAGAAGAGGAGGCAAUUGUAGAAGAAGAAAAAGAAAUAGAAGAAGAAGCAGUUGUAGAGGAAAAGAAAGAAUUAGUAGAAGAGGAAGCAGUUAUGGAGAAAGAAAAAGAAUUAGUAGAAGAAGAAGCGGUUGUGGAGAAAGAAAAAGAAUUAGUAGAAGAGGAAGCAGUUGUAGAGGAAGAGAAAGAAAUAGUAGAAGAAGCAGUUGUGGAGGAAGCGAAAAUAAUAGAAGAGGAACCGGUCGUAGAGGAAGAGAAAGAAACAGUAGAGGAGAAAGAAGUUGUGGAGGAAGACAAAGAAAUAAUAGAAGAAAAAGCGGUUGUGGAAGAAGAGAAAAAAGUUGAAGAAGAAGUAAUAUUAGCUACCGGACAGAGUGAAUCCGAAGAAGAAAAAGUUAUGAAAGAAGUGAAAGAAGCCGAAGAGGAAGAAGGAAAAAUUACUAAGGAAGAAGCAGAAACAGAAGAGGAAACAGAAAUGAAGGAUGAAAAGGAAAUUGCAGAGAAAAUAGAAACGGAAAAAGAAAUUACGAAAGAAGAAGAAGAAUCUGAAUUGGAGGAAGAGAAAAAAGAUAAAACUGACGUUCAGGAGGAAAAAGAAGUCGAAUUUACAAAAGAUGAAGAAUCUUUGGUAACAGAAGAAGAAGAAAAAAGGGAUGCCGAAAAAGACGAAUCGGAAGAAGAAAAGCAAGAAAUAAUAGAAAAAGAACCGGUUAAGGAAUAUAUAGCGGAAAUUGAAGUUCCUAAGUUGGAAGAAAAAAUAGAAGAAGUUCCGAAAGAAGAACAAAAAGAAGAGAAACAAGAAGCAGUUCCCAAACCUAAACGCCUCAAAGAGAAAAAAAUUAAAAAAGACGAUGUUCCAAAAUCGCCGUCCAAGCGGAGAGCUGGAAGAACUCCACCCAGAAGUUUAUAUAAAAAAGAUGGUGUUCCUACCGCCGAAUCUGCCAGACAAGCCAGAACUCCGACGUCUCCUAAAAAGCCUCUCAGUUCAAAAACCACACCUUCACCAAAGAAGACACCGCCUGCUAGAAAUGGAAUGACGUCACCUGCUCGAACUCCAAGUUCUGAAGGAAAAAAACUUCCACCAAUUAAAGCUCCCGUUGGUCAAGCACCUAAUCCUAACUUGAAGAACGUUAAAUCUAAGAUCGGUUCCUUAGAUAACAUCAAACAUAAACCAGGAGGAGGCGAAAGAAAGAAGUCAAAUAUUCAGGUGGCAAGUCAAAAAUUAGAAUGGCAAGCCAGUUCAAAAAUAGGAUCAUUGGAAAAGGCCAGUCAUAAGCCGGGAGGAGGCGAUAAGAAGAUUUUGGUUCAGAAACUCGAUUUCAAAGAUAAAGCCCAAUCUAAGGUUGGAUCACGCGAUAAUAUCAAGCACCAACCUGGAGGAGGUACAAUUAAGAAACAGCAUGUGCAAGCCGAAAGUGGACAGGAUAGAAUCGAAACACAAAAGACGGACUUCAAGCAGCGUGCCUCUUCCAAAGUAGGAUCUUUGGAUAAUAUUAAGCAUCAAGCUGGAGGUGGUAAUGUUAAAAUAAGAUCUGACAAGUUAAAUUUUAAAGAAAGAGCAUCUUCCAAAAUAGGCUCUCUUUCGGGGUCUGAGAAAGGAAGUACUCAUGGCUCAGAUUCGCAGAGUCCCAUCCCACCUUCAUCUCCAACUCCGGGAGACGAGCCAGGAACUUCCAUGCCACCCGUAUCUGAGAAUGGAGAAGAGAAUGGGAUCUCUCCAACCGAAGAUAGACAACUGGAUGGUGAUGCAUCACCCGAAUCACCAGAAGCUCUCAAAGCCACUUCGGUUAGUCCGCAAGCCGCUCAAUGCUGACAGAAAACACCGAUUUCUCUGUAAAACCUACUUACUUCUUGUGUGUAAUCUUUCUUAGAAGAAGAAACUAAAAAGUUUAAAAAAAUUUAAAAAUUAUUGGGAAGAUCAUCCAUCAAUCGUAAACAUAAUCCAGGGAAAAUUCAUUAAAAUUUACUUUUCCCUGUAUUAAUUAUUAAAUAUAUUACCAUAUUAUGAUAAUGCUAUUUAUCGGCU